AUGCCUCCGGCCCGGAGUCUCCGUCAAAGGACGGUCACUAAUGAAAACGACGAAAAUGCCACAUCGACACGGCUGACGAGGGCCAAGGCAGCUGCCCUCAGCACCGCAGACCUCAAUGGAGGUGCAAUCAAGAAGCCACUCCAGAGUAAGAGGGCGAAUUCGACAACGGCCACUACAACCGCCGCUCAGAAACGACGCCCUGCCCUUGGUGAUGUCAGCAACGUGACGAAAACUGAUCUUGUUGACGCGAAGGAUGGCAAGAAAGCUACCAGCAAGACUAGCCUCACUUCCAAAUCAGCUACACAAGCAGGUGGUAUACAGAAACUCAGCAGAUCAAACACCACUCGUGCUGCUCUUGGUGUGAAAGAUACUAACAAGAAAGCCGCUUCUGCUGCUGAAGUAAAGCGCCCCGGAAGUGGAUCUGGUGUCAAGCGUUCAUCCGUCAAGGAUGAGCUGAAUCAAGAAGAGCCGCCCCGUAAGAAGGUUGACAUGGAGAAGAAGAAGACCGAAACUAUCCAGCAACAGAUUAUAUCCGAAAAUGUUUCCGAAGUUGGUGUGGACGUGGUGGAUGAGAAGGACUUGGAAGCCGAGGGUAUCCUGGAUCUUGAUACAGAGGAUCUUGACGAUCCCUUGAUGGCGGCUGAAUACGUGGUGGAUAUCUUUGACUACCUUAAGGAUCUCGAACACGAAACCCUUCCAAGCCCAGAUUAUAUCGACCACCAGCCCGAACUUGAAUGGAAGAUGCGUGGAAUCCUCAUUGACUGGCUGAUUGAGGUUCACGCAAGCUUCAGACUUCUCCCUGAAACCCUCUUCUUGACUGUCAACAUUAUCGAUCGUUUCCUCUCUGCCGAGAUUGUUUCUUUGGACCGCCUGCAGCUAGUUGGCGUCACAGCCAUGUUCAUCGCUUCAAAAUACGAAGAGGUCCUGUCCCCACACGUUGCCAACUUCAGUCAAGUCGCGGAUGAGACCUUCUCAGACAAGGAGAUUUUGGACGCGGAGAGACACGUUCUUGCCACACUAAACUACAACAUGAGCUACCCCAACCCCAUGAACUUUCUCCGACGAAUUUCCAAGGCCGAUAACUACGAUAUCCAGACGCGCACAUUGGGCAAAUACUUGAUGGAGAUCAGCCUACUUGACCACAAAUUCAUGCCUUACAAGCAGAGUCACGUCGCAGCUGCAGCCAUGUAUCUUGCGCGUCUCAUUCUUGAUCGUCCCGGCUGGGAUGCCACUCUUGCACACUACUCUGGCUACACAGAAGAAGAGAUCCAGCCUGUCUUCCUGCUCAUGGUCGACUAUCUCCACAGGUCUGUUGCCCACGAAGCUUUCUUCAAGAAGUAUGCCAGCAAGAAGUUUUUGAAGGCAUCUAUUGUUACACGCCAGUGGGCCAAGAGAUAUCACUCCCUGUAUAUCGAUGGCGAAUCUGAGGAGGCACAGAAAUAG